GGCCACAGAGAAAGCCACCGAAAUUGAGGCUAUAUAAGCUCACAUCCACCUCACCCCAACCAAAGAGAAGAUUUCAUCAGUUCAGUUCAGACAGCUCUCCUCUCCUCACACUCAGCUUCACUCUCUUCCAAAACCCACACUAACCCAAGUCUCCAAGAAGGCAAGAGUCGCCGUCGCCGUCGCCGCCGGCCACGCCGUGUGCUAGCUAGCUAGAGCUGUGCACGAUACAGUGUGCUGCGACCAUGGCGGCCGCCGGAGCAGCGUUGCGGCUGCGCCUCCUCUACCGGAUGCUGCGGGUGGGCGAGCUCCUCGCGCUCGUGGUGUUCUUGUCGUGGUCUUCUUCCCGCGUGCCGGCCGCCGCCGCCGCCGUGGUGCGGCUCGCCGGGUCGCUCCUGCUCAACGCCCGGUUCGUGUUCGUCCUCGGCAACGCCAUCGUGCUCCUGCUCCUCGCGCUCUCCAGGCACGACCUCUCCAUCUCUUCCAACCACGGCACCACCACCACCGCCGCCGCCGCCGCCGUCUCCAGCGACAGCGCUGGCGCCGGGUCCACGCCAGCGUCGACGACAGCGCCACCCGCCGCCAGCUUCCCUCUGUUCAUCGUCCCGCAGCCAUCACCGCCGCCGCCUCACGCCACCGAGGCCCCGGUGGUGGCAGCGCCUCCGGCGCCCGUGGUCCCCUGCGCCCCGUCGGUGGCGCCGGCAGCGCCGGCGGCGGCGGCGGCGUUCGAGGACAAGCAGGCGGUGCGCGUCAACAAGGCACGCGCGCCGAGGCGGAGCAGGUCGGAGAAGAUGGGCUCGCGCGGCGCGUUCCGGCGGGCGGUGUCGCCGGAGCUGCGGCGGUCGGAGUCGGACAACGGGCGCAGGCGGCGGUCGUCGGUGACGGCGCGCGACGCGGAGGUGUGCUGGGGCGCGGACGACGCGGAGGAGUUCCGGCGGACGGUGGAGGCGUUCAUCGCCAAGCAAACGAGGUUCCACCGCGAGGAGUCGAUGACCAUGACCAUGUCCAUCGUCGCCGGCGUCGGCCACGGCGAGGUGGCGCCGGCCAUCGCCGGAGCACUCGCAGUCGUGGAAUAAGUUGGCCUCACAUGUCAGUGGAGAAAAAGAAAAAAAAUCCCUGUGAAAAAGUACAUAAAAUGGAGAAUUGAAGCUCUCCUUGGCUA